CAAAAAAGAAGAAAACAUCAAAACGUGUUUACAUUUAGUGUUGAUUCUUUAAUUAGCUAAUGUAGAGGUAAUAUUUGGUUAUCUUAAGCUAAUUUAUUUUCAAAAGGUAUAAUGAACACACUAGGUCUAAGUAUAAUAAUGAAAAUGGGGUGCAUAUGUGUAAAAGAACACAUAAACAUAAAUGGAAUAAGAUAUGUAGUUAUAGAAAGACUUGGCGAAGGAGGAUUUUCGUGUGUAGAUCUAGUUCAAAACACAACGACGAAGAAAAAAUAUGCUUUAAAAAGAAUAACCUGUCAUAGUAUAGAAGAUCAAAAAAUUGCAAUGCAGGAGAUAAAUUAUUACAAAAAACUUCGGCAUCCCAAUAUAAUAGAACUUGUGGAUUCUACUUUCAAAGGUUCAGCCGAUAUAAUUAUACAUGCAACUUCUGAAGCAUUUUUAGUUUUACCCUACUACAAAAGAGGAACUUUACAUGACUACCUUACAUUAAGAUCCUUUAAUAAAAGUUACUUAGAUGUAAUAGAUAUUUUAAGGAUAUUUUUGGAAGUAUGUGAAGCUAUUAAAUUCCUACAUGACUUUACUCCGGAUCCUAUAGCUCACCGGGAUUUAAAAACAGCGAAUAUAUGUUUGACAGAACAAACAGAUCCCAUUUUAAUGGAUUUGGGAUCUUGCGGCCCUGCUAAAGUUCAGGUUUGUGGUGCACAGGAUGCACAAAAGUUACAAGAUCUCGCUGCAGAAAGAUGUUCUAUGACAUAUAGAGCUCCUGAAUUAUUUCAUGUUGAAAGUUAUUGUGUAAUAGAUCAGAGAGUUGACAUUUGGAGCUUGGGUUGUGUAUUGUUUGCAAUGAUGUAUUUUAAAUCUCCUUAUGAUAUCGUGUAUGAAAAAGGAGAUUCAGUCAAUUUGGCUGUAAUCUCGGGAACUAUUUGCUUCCCACAAGGUGAACACUUUAGUGAUGAUCUUCAUGAUCUAGUCCGUUUUAUGUUAAAAGUAAAUCCAUCCGAACGGCCUUUUAUAGAUGCUGUUAUCCAAAAAGCACAAGGAUUUAAAAAGAAAAUUGAAACAAUGGUUUAAGCUUUAUUUCUUAUUGUACUGUUUUCUUUAUUAAUAUUUUAAAUCAAUUAAUAUUAAGUUUCUAAUUCUACUUUAUUUAUUUGUAUAUUUUUCCCUUUUACUGCGAAAAAAGACAAGAAUUAUACUCAAAA